CAAUCCCGCCCAGCCAUGGCCGCAAUAGACAGGCGCACGCAGGCGGGCGGUGCUGGCGCAUGCGCAGCGUGGCUCUCCUUGUGUCUGUGCGGAGGGCACGGCAGGCUUCAAGGAGAGCGCCGGGCCGGGGCUGUUGUGGCGGCCGCCGCCAUGUUCCUCUGCGCUGCUGUGCGGGCCGCGGCCUCGCGCUCGAUGAGACAAAUCAGAUACUUACAUAAAACACCAGCGUGCAAUUCCAGUGGAGGAGCCUUAUUUGUGCACAGAGAUAGUCCUGAGAAUAAUCCAGAUACUCCCUUUGAGUUCACAGAUGAAAACAAGAAGCGAAUAGAAGCAAUCAUAAACAACUACCCAGGGGGACACAAGUCCGCAGCUGUCAUGGCAGUGCUAGAUCUGGCUCAAAGACAGCAUGGAUGGUUGCCCAUAUCGGCUAUGAACAAGGUUGCAGAAAUUUUAGAAAUGCCUCCCAUGAGAGUGUAUGAAGUAGCAACCUUCUAUACAAUGUACAAUCGUAAACCUGUUGGGAAAUACCAUAUCCAGGUCUGCACUACCACACCUUGUAUGCUGCGAGACUCUGACAGCAUUUUAGAAGCCAUUAAGAAGAAACUUGGUAUUAAAGUUGGGGAAACAACACCUGAUAAACUCUUCACAUUGAUAGAAGUGGAAUGCUUAGGUGCUUGUGUAAAUGCACCGAUGGUACAGAUAAAUGACAACUAUUACGAAGAUUUAACACCCAAAGAUAUUGAAGACAUAAUUGAUGAGCUAAAGGCUGGUAAAGUUCCCAAACCCGGCCCAAGGAGCGGACGUUUUUCUUGUGAGCCAGCUGGUGGCCUAACAUCUCUGACUGAACCACCCAAAGGACCAGGUUUUGGAGUUCGAGCUGACCUCUGAGCAGUUUUGUAAUAUAUGUUGAACUGUCUGGAAAUAAAGUAAUUUUAAUCUCAGUAAAA